UAAAGAUCGGGUUUUGCGCCGCGUUUUGGGCGGUUUGGGGGCUUAAUUAGGGCUGUUAACGCCGCGUACGCGCUCCGGGCAGCCGAUCCCAUGACCAAGGCCCCGCCGGCCUGGCUGGCCGCGGCCAAGGCCCGCGUCGAGGCCCAGGAAAAGCAAGACCAGGACCGCAAGGCUGCCCGCGCCAAGAAGCGCGCGGCGGAACGCGCGAAGAAGGAGGCGCCUGCAGCCCCGGCGCGGGCGCCGGCACGGACGAAGGAGGACUUCGCCGCGCGGCUCGACGCGGCUUUGCAGAAGCCGGCGCGGCGGGAGACGGACGCGUCAACGCUGCCGCGCCUCACGCCGCGGUCCAGCGCGGCGCCGGAGCCGGUCGCCGAUCCAUUGCCGGAGCAACUCGCCGGCACGGCGGCCGAGCUCGAGGCGGCCGCCGUGGCGCCGACCGCGGACGACGCGCUCGACCGCGCGGCGCUCGACGCGUUACGGCUCACGGAGCUUAUCACGGGCACGGCGGCGGCCGUCGCAGAGCUAGACGAGGAGGCCCUCGACCGCGAGGCCGCCGAAGCUUUGGCGGAGAACGAGCGGCUGCGGGCGGAGUACGGCUCUGACGACGAGGACGAGGAGGAGGUGUCGUCGCCGGGCGACAUCAUGCAGUGGCUGCAGGACGUCAUCGACGACCAGCCGUCGCGGGACCCGCGCAUCGCCGAGGCCUGGGCCGCCUUCGAGAAGGAGGACGGCGCACUUUCAACGGAUAGGAUGCCGGACAAGGCGGCUAUCGAGGCCGCGGAGCGCGCGUUGGAUGAGGAGGCCGCGCGCGCGGCCGGCGUCGAGGUCGACGGCGUCCUCGACGACGACGAGGACGACGACGACGCCGCGGCAGCUGCCCUCGAGCGGAAACUGGAUAGGCACCUGGCGCGGUCGGUCGAGAAUCGACUCGACGACAUGGCCAAUUCAUGCCGUGCGCGUAGCAAAGCGGCGCGCGCGCGCGCCGAGAACGCGGCCAAGGCGCGGCGGAAAGCGUCGCCGGGCCCGUUCUUGACGGCGGUUGACGACGACGACGACGACGGUCCGACGCGGCCCGUGACGCCGCGGACGGCCUGGGUCGCCGAGUUACGCUCGGCGUGCGACGAGGGGCGCUCGAAGAUCGCGUCGCGGCGGGCCGAGCUCCGCACACGGCCGCAGUAGUAAGUAAGGAGAUUACUCGGUA